AGGCAGUGCUGAAACCCCGUGGGAAACCGCACCUCUCAGGGGCCUCUGCUAGCAAGGAUCCCAGGCUGGGGUUUCUCAACCUCUCCGCACUGGGGUUGCACUUCUGCAAUGGGAAAUUACAUUUCCAUUUUCUUUUCUGAAGGCAAAAAGGGAGAAAGCAGCGACACUGAUGAAUGACGUGGCGCGUCACACCCCUGGACUGCAGCUGUAACUGCCAACCCCAGGCCCACACUGCUCACACCCGCAUGCUCCUGAGAGCUCACAGCUGCAAUGUCACACGCAGAUGGGCCCCUGGCAGAAAGUCCCACCCCAGAGAUGGCACCGGGAGGGCUGCUUUCUGCUUCCCCAGAAAGCCUGGGCAGUCCUGGAGACAACGUGAGGGCCUCGUCAGGGGCUCUGCCCUGGCAGGGGAUUUCUGUCAGCUCUGGAGUGCUAAGCGGAGCGGAGGAGUAACGUCUCCCGAGCAGUGGCUCCUGCCCACUGAGAGGGCCCUCACGGUCCUGCAUGUGAGCCUGCAUCACCCCGCACAGGACCCGGACAUCUUUGCCAAUGUCCCAGCACGGUGGCAGCAUGACACCAGCCCGCUUCUGGUGGGGCGCAGCCUAGAUGCCCACCUCCGGCUACAGCUCCCCUGCCUCUCCCGCAGACACCUGUCGCUGGAGCCCUACCGGGAGAAGGGCAGCGCUCUGCUGACCUUCUGCCUGAAGGCCCUGAGCCGCAAGGGCUGUGUGUGGGUCAACGGGCUGACUCUGAGGUUCCUGGAGCAGGUUCCCCUGAGCAUGGUCAACAGGGUUGCCUUCUCCGGCAUCCAGAUGGUGAUCCGCAUAGAGGGAGGCACCUCCCUGGAGGCUUUUGUCUGCUGCUUCCAUCUCAGCUCCUCGCCCCUGAUUCACAGGCCCCAGGCUGAGGAGACUGAUGAAUGGGAGAGUACCUCCCAGGAGCAGCCUCCCCCAAGUUCAGGGCACUGGGCUCCAGGUCACCUGGGGCUUCUCCAUGGCCCUUCCCUGCCAAGCCCUGGAGGAGGAGCAGAAACACAGCUCUAGAAGACCUCAGACAGUGCUAGACCCACCGGCUGCCCAGAGCAAGCCUCACCCAUAAGAGGACUUGAACUCUUGGAGCGAACACACGCGAGGUUGACAAGCAAGACCUGCUUGGUAAUAAUGAACUGAUCCUGCAAACACGAACAGCCUGGGGUGGGGGAGCGCCCUCCACGGUUACAGCUAUGCAAGGUAAUGGGAACUUCAUAUACUUUUAGAGGCCCUGAGAGGUUCUGAGAGCCUCUCCCCAGCCUUUCCCCACAUUUCCCUCCUCUUGUCUCCCUAGGAGUUACUUUAUGUUGCUAAUUUCGCGUGCUGCUUAAGAGCUGGAGUUUGAGGUUUGCACCAGGAAUGCGUGGACACAUGUAACAAUUACGUUUGUGGUAGCUCGGGGUUACCCUGGCCUUUCAAAUACCCACAGGCACUCCGGGCUUAGGGAAGCCUGUAUUUAAUAAACUGCAAGUAUUUCAUUAA